AUGGAUCCAAUUGUCUCAAAACUUGGUAUCAUUGGUGCCGGUGUGAGUGGCUUAGCAGCAGCCAAGCAGCUAGCCCAUCACAACCCUAUUGUUCUUGAAGCCUCUGACUCCAUUGGAGGCGUCUGGAGGCAUUGUUCUUACAGUUCCACAAAGCUUCAAUCUCAUAGACGUGACUAUGAGUUCUCUGACUUCCCUUGGCCUGACAGGGACAACGCAGACUUUCCUUCCCAUCUUGAGAUAUUGGACUACUUGAACUCUUAUGCUCAGCGCUUUGAUGUGCUUAAGUUCGUGAGGUUCAAUUCCAAGGUGGUCGAGGUUCGGUUUGUUGGUGACCGGGAAACUGUUGAUUUUUCUGUCAACCCUGUGGAGUAUGGGGGCCUCUCGCCAGGCGGCGGUCAGCCUGUUUGGGAGGUUUCUGUGCAGUCCAAUGAUUCAGAGACCAUUCAGUGGUACGCCUUCGAGUUCAUUGUGGUUUGCAUUGGGAAGUAUGGUGAUACACCCAAACUUCCAGAGUUUCCACAGAACAAAGGCCCUGAAGUAUUUCAAGGCCAGACUCUGCAUGCUCUUGAUUACUGCAAAUUGGACAAGGACGCUGCUUCUGAUUUGCUGAAGGAUAAGAAGGUGGUCGUAGUUGGCUACAAAAAAUCAGCUAUUGAUUUAGCCCUCGAGUGUGCAGAGGCAAAUCAAGGACCAGAAGGGAAGCCAUGCACCAUGGUUGUAAGGACUUUACAUUGGACUGUUCCCCACUAUUGGGUUUGGGGUUUGCCCUUUUUCUUGUUCUAUUCAACACGAUCUUCACAGUUUCUCCAUCAAAGACCCAACCAAAGCUUCCUCAGGGCCCUCCUUUGCUCCCUAGUUAUGUCUCCAAUGAGGCAUGCAGUGUCCAAGUUCAUUGAAUCAUACAUACUGUGGAAGCUGCCUUUGGAGAAGUAUGGACUGAAACCAGACCAUCCAUUUGAGGAAGACUAUGCAUCCUGCCAGAUGGCCAUCAUGCCUGAGAAUUUCUUCUCUGAGGCCGAUAAAGGCAAGAUUCUGUUCAAAAGAUCAGAAUCAAAAUGGUGGUUUUGUAAAGAUGGAAUAGAAUUUGAUGACAACACUAAGAUCAAAGCUGAUGUUGUGGUUUUUGCAACUGGCUAUGAUGGUAAGAAAAAAGUUAAGUCCAUCUUACCAGAGCCUUUUCGCAGCUUGCUAGAAUACCCUUCUGGUAUCAUACCCUUAUACAGGGGCACAAUCCAUCCUUUGAUCCCAAACAUGGCUUUCGUGGGUUAUCUCGAGAGUGUUUCGAACCUUCACACUUCAGAACUGCGCAGCAUAUGGCUGGCUAGGCUGCUGGAUAACAAAUUCAAGCUCCCAAGUGUGGAGGAAAUGCUCGAGCAAACAAGGAAAGAAUUGGAAAUCUCGAAGAAAACAACCAGGUUCUACAAGAGGCAUUGCAUUUCUACUUUUAGCAUCAACCACAGUGAUGAAAUUUGUGAGGAGAUGGGGUGGACAUCUUGGAGGAAGAAUACUUGGUUGGCAGAAGCAUUUAGCCCCUAUGGCAGUCAAGACUAUCUGAAGAAACAAUGA